AUGGCACAGAGGUGGCUGCACGGCUGGAGUGGAGGAGAGGAACCGUUGUACAACACCGCGCGUCUCAAAAAUGUGCUUUGUACGUGUGUAAUUCUCAGUUCCUUGAGGGGUUUUGUUUUGGUUUUUUACCUCUUGUUUACAGCUACACUAGGAGCUGUGUUUGGCUUAACUACCUGCCUCAGUGCCCAAAUCCGAGAGGAACCAGAGGAUCCCUUGAACUAUUUCAUAGGAGGCUGUGCAACAGGAGCUGUCUUAGGUGCAAGAGCUCACAGUUACAUGACUGGUACCACUGCAUGUUUGGGGUUUGGAAUUACCGCUGCUCUAAUGAAGAUAGGUAACAAGGAGGGCUGGAGGCUGACGGGACCUCCCAAGCUGUAAAUGUAGCCUUUCCUCCCUGCAAGCUGGCUUUUGAAUGUUGUAUGUUCUAAGACGUUGUGUAAUAAAGAUACUGUCAAAUCGA